CACACACACACAUAUGCACGCACAUACUCACGCACUCAUAGAUGAGUUAUAUACUCGGAGUAUAUAAAGCUUUUUUUGGCACGUCACCUCAUCAUUUCUUCCUUCUUCACCUGUACAGCAGCUCUCCUUCCAUUCACCCAGCAGCGAUGGCAGCAGCAGCUUUGUCCAGAAGCAGAGGAGUGGCUGGUGUCACAGCCACCAGAGGCCUGUUCUUCAUCUUCUCCCUACUGUGUCUGGUUUGCCUCGCAAGUUCAUUCAUUGACGAGGACCAACUGGAAAAGCUAAAGGAAAAUGUCCAGAAAGCAGAACAACAACUGGAAAGUUUGAAGGAAAAGUACAAAUUAGAAAUGGCCUCCAGUUUAGAGCUCAUAAAUGAAUAUAUGGGCUACCUGGACCCAAUGAUAGCAUUAGUGAAGAAAGCUACUGGAACAUCACCUGAUGACUUUCCACCAGUGGAUGCACUUCUGCAGAGCGUCAAGGCCAACAUGGAGAAAACCAAGAGUUACGUGGAAGACCAAAAAGUGAAGUUAGGUGCAGAACUAGAGAACCUUGAAAAGGAUCUUGAAAAACAAAAGAAAUUAAUCAAAUUCCUUGAGGAGCAGCAGGGUGAAUUGUAACUUCCAUGUCAAUUAGUGCCUCUAUCUCUGAUAUUGCAUCUAUUGUACCUAAGUUACUACCUUAAAUUUCUCUUUGUUUGUGCAACCUCAUUUCAAAAUGAUUUUAGAGUCACUGUUGACAGGGAUGUGAAAUGUGUUGAUAUACCAACAACUUUUUUCAUACAUUACUACUGAUGUGCAGCCAUUACAAUUUAGGGAGUGCAAACAAUGGUUUUGACUAUAUUUUGACUAUGUUUUUGUUUUCUUUUGCUGCUUUAUUUUCACAAUUUCCUUCAAAACAUAAGCAUGAGCAGUUAAAUAACGAUAAUGAUUCAAAUAUUGCACAUGAAAUCCAGCAUAUGUGGGCAACGCCCAAUAAAUUUGGUACCUGGGAA